UGUGUGUGUGUGUGUGUGUGUGUGUGUGUGUACCAACACAUGCUCGCUUUUGUUUGGUUACUGUAGUUCUUAGGUUGUAAGCUAUUUUGUUUUAGGUGACGGUUUUCAGAACAGAACGGAUUAUUGAGAAAGACCAGCUGUCUUUAGUGACAGGAGUUGAGGGAAAUAAAGUUGAUGCUAUGGUUGGUGCAAUGUUUGGCUAUGCUAUAGCUGCUGCAGAUCUCAACUGGGAUGGAUAUUCAGAUCUAAUUGUUGGAGCUCCCUUUUAUGGGCUUUUUGACUCUCCAAACACAGGUAGAAUAGUUGCAUAUCUCUCUGAUAAGGAGAGUAAGUUUCAUGAUCCAGUAGUUGUAACAGGAAUGGUGGCUGGUGGUAUGUUUGGCAUGGCUAUUUCUUCAUUAGGUGACAUAGAUUUGGAUGGAUAUGAAGAUGUGGCUGUGGCUGCUCCAUUUAUUGGCUCGUUGCAGAGCGGUGAAGUCUACAUUUAUCGUGGUUCUGAGUAUGGACUAAGAAAUAUUGCCAGUCAGGUUAUACAGCAAGUCAUGCUAAAAGCAUUUGGCUAUGCCCUUGCUAAUGCCAUUGACAUUGAUGGCAAUCAUUAUCCAGAUCUGUUAGUUGGAGCAUACCAGUCACAAAGAGUGGUUUUGUUUAGGUCACGUCCUGUGGUUGUUGUUACUGCUAAAUUUACAACUUAUCCCACUGCUGUUGACAUUGAGACAUCAAGCUGCAAUUACAUUCAAAACUAUGACACAUGGUCAACGUUUGUCAGGUCUGGUAGCAGUGCAAAGUCUUUAUGAGUGUCUCGACAUCUCAACAGGCAAGUGCUUGACUAUGAUCCUCACAAAACGGUGGUUUGGCAUUACAGCAAGAAGCUCAGAGAAGGCAAUU